AUGUCUAUUCUCUCUUUAACUCCACACUCCUUCCUUUGUAAUCUCUUUCUCAUCACUAUCCUUCUCACAUCUAAAUCCAAAGCAGACAACAACGACCAAAAAUUCCACUUCUUCUGUGACCAAAACAACGACAGAGGUAACUACAUAACCGGUGAUACCUACCACAACAACCUCAAAGUCGGUUUUAUACACCUUGCUUACUACAACCUUAACCCCAACAACGGUUUCACCAACACCAGUUACGGCGAAACCAACGACAAAGUAAACCUAAUAGGACUAUGUAGAGGAGACAUUAAUCUUCAAGACUGUCGCAAAUGUCUCAUUGGCUCCAAAUCCAAUCUCACACAAGCAUGUCCAAACAAAAAAGAAGCAAUUGGUUGGUUCGAGGACGAGAAAUGCAUGUUACGUUAUUCAGACCGUUCGAUAUUAGGGUUAAACGAAAUCGGACCUGCUUAUUUUGCAUGGAACAUGAACAACGCAACGUUGGCAGAUCAGUUUAACGUUGUUGUGAAACAGUUGUUGAAUGAUUUGAGAAGCAAAGCUGUGAAAGGUGAGUCGAAUCGGAAGUAUGUUGUGGGAACAUUGGCAGGUCCGAGUAGUGGUGAAAUGAUAUAUGGUCUUGUUCAGUGUACACCUGAUUUGAGCGGUGCACAGUGUGAUGAUUGUUUGAUUUCAUCUAUUGUUGAAGUUUCGAGAUGUUGUAGUAAUAGGAUUGGUGCUCGAAUUGUUAGGCCCAGUUGUAAUUUGAGAUUUGAAACUUCGUAUCAGUUCUAUCAACCUUCGACUGGACCGGCUUCAAAUCUUCCAUGA